UGAGAGUAAACUUAUUUUUUCCAUGUUACAGGUGGUAUGCAAGAUUACAAUUAUGUGUGGGCCAACUGUUUUGAGAUCACAUUAGAACUGUCUUGUUGCAAGUACCCACCUGCUUCACAGCUUCGACAGGAAUGGGAGAACAAUCGUGAGUCUUUGAUCACAUUGAUUGAAAAGGUUCACAUUGGAGUAAAAGGAUUUGUUAAAGAUUCCAUAACAGGAUCUGGUUUAGAGAAUGCAACCAUCUCAGUGGCUGGUAUUAAUCAUAAUAUCACGACAGGCAGAUUUGGUGAUUUCUACCGAUUACUUGUUCCUGGAACUUAUAACCUUACAGUAGUUUUAACUGGGUAUAUGCCAUUGACUGUUACUAAUAUAGUGGUGAAAGAAGGACCAGCCACAGAGGUGGAUUUGUCUCUUAGGCCAACUGUAACUUCAGUAAUCCCUGACACAACAGAGGCUGUAGCAACUGCUAGCACAGUUGCUAUACCUAAUAUUCUUUCUGGAACAUCAUCCUCCUACCAGCCAAUUCAGCCGAAGGACUUUCACCACCACCAUUUCCCUGAUAUGGAAAUCUUCUUGAGAAGGUUUGCCAAUGAAUAUCCUAACAUUACCCGGCUUUAUUCAUUGGGAAAAUCAGUGGAGUCAAGAGAACUUUAUGUGAUGGAGAUAUCUGAUAAUCCAGGUGUCCAUGAACCAGGUGAACCAGAAUUUAAGUACAUUGGAAAUAUGCAUGGAAAUGAAGUGGUUGGAAGAGAACUGCUGUUGAACCUUAUCGAAUACCUUUGUAAGAACUUUGGAACAGACCCUGAAGUCACAGAUUUGGUUCAUAGCACUAGAAUUCACCUUAUGCCAUCCAUGAAUCCUGAUGGAUAUGAAAAGUCCCAGGAAGGAGAUUCAAUAAGUGUAAUUGGCAGAAACAAUAGCAACAACUUUGACCUGAACCGAAAUUUCCCAGACCAGUUUGUUCAGAUCACAGAUCCUACGCAACCAGAAACUAUUGCUGUAAUGAGCUGGAUGAAGUCCUAUCCAUUUGUACUUUCAGCAAACCUGCAUGGAGGUAUGGCAACUUUAUAUUCUACUAAUUAGUUCUUGUUGAGAGCAUUUGGAAAUCCUGGUGGAAUUUUAUCUGUUUGUAGUGUUAUGCUUUCUUAAAAUGAGUAUCGUGUUACUGCUUUUAUGGCAGACAACAGUAAAGGUCUUUUCUCAUUACUUUUUCAGCCAGUGUCCUGGCUGUUUCUUUCCUCCUGCUUUCUCUCAUUUUUUUCCUCCUCUUCUCUUCUCCUUCUACCCCCAUCUCUUCUCUCCACCCUUUCUCCUCUCCUUUCUCACCUACUACUUCUCUCUCUCCCUUCUCUUAUCUCCUCUCCCCUUUCUUCUCUGUCUUGUCUUUUUUCUCCUCUCCUCCUCCCCCAUCUCUCCCCCUACUCUGCUCUUCCUUCUCCUCUCCUCUUCCUCUCAUAGUUCUUCAGGUAUUUUAUAUUUAUCUCUCACACUGGGAACUUGGUAACAUAUUCUUUGUCAUUAAUAAAAAUUGAUCCAAAUGUUUAGUUCUGUUUUCUCCUUGAAGUUUAAUAAAUUCUUUCAUGUAAAUUUAGAUUUUGAUAUUCUCUAAUUUUCACUUGGUAUGUCCUUAACUGCAGCAAAAUGACCACAUUCUCAUGUAGUACCUGAGCUCAUAUACCUCCAUAUAAUUUAGCAGGGAUGGAUCGGUUGAAUAGAAUGAGUGUCAAGAUUAAAAAUCACCACAACGUCCAACUAAGGUUGUGAAUAAGAGUGAAGAUAUCAGUACCCAAGAGAACCAAAAUGUGUCCACACGUAAACUCACUUGAACAAAAUGUUCACUCAUUUAAUGUACAAUGCUUAUGUAUAUGAAUGUUCAGUGUACACGAAUGUUCAUUCAGGAUUAUUCACAAUAACAAAAAAGUAGAAACAACCCAAACAACCAUCAUCUGAUAAAUGGAUAAAUAAAAUGUGGUCUGCCCUUACAAUGAAUAUUAUUUGUCUCGAAAAGGAAUCAAGUGCUGAUACAUGCUAUAACAUAGAUCCUUGAAACCUUAUGCUAAGUGACAAAAGCCAGUCAUAAGAGACCACAUGGUGCAUGAUUAUUAUUUUUUUAAAUCAAGUUAAUGAUUAUAUUUUUAUGAAAUUUUUAUAGUAGGCAUAUCCAUAGAGACAGAAAGUAGAUUAAAGAUUGCAUUGGGCUGAAGUGAAUAGUGGUAGGAGGUGAUAGGGGAGUGACUGCUAGUGGAUUUUGGGGUUUCUUUUUGGAGUUAUGAAAAUGUUCUAUAACUAGAUAGUGGUAGUGGUUGUACAACCCUGUGAAUAUAACCAACUUUAAAUGGGUGAAUUGCAUGGUAUUUGAAUUACAUCAGUAACACUGCUAAAAAA